GCUUCUUCUCUUCCUACACAUUAAACCCUAAUUUUGAUAUCCUAUCAUUCUGGCCGUUUCACUUAGUUUCGCAAAGAAGAUAACGAUCGUUCAUCCUCGAAAACCCUAAUCGCAUCCGCAAUCAUCAAGCAUGGUAUUUAGGCUUGCAAAGCCAGAGGAUCUGAUCCCAGGUUCCAUUUCAAGGUAUUUUGAUAUUUUAUCCUUUAAAUCUGAUCAAUUCUUGGACAAAAACAAAGAUUAUAUUGUUCCUGAACAUCAAGAUUUGUUGAGUGCUUCCAAGUGCUUUUGUGUAGCAGGGCUUUUUCAUCCACCACGUGAGGAUGGAACCAAGUCAUCAAAGUUCUCAUCAAUCGGUACUCGCUUUAAACUACAACUUCAACAAUUGAUGGAGACUCUGAAUUCCAAACAACCUCACUAUAUUAGAUGUGUGAAGCCAAAUAAUCUUCUUAAACCUGCCAUUUUUGAGAAUGUUAAUGUCAUUCAUCAACUACGUUGUGGGGGGGUUCUAGAAGCUAUUCGUAUCAGCUGUGCUGGAUACCCUACGAACAAGAGUUUCACUGAUUUUGUUAAUCGAUUUGGUCUUCUGGUUCCAGAGGUUUUGCGUACCAAUCAUGAUAAAAAGGAUGCAUGUCAAAAGAUUCUGAACAAUGUUGGAAUCCCAGGAUAUCAGAUUGGAAAAGCAAAAGUUUUUCUUAGAGCUGGUCACAUGGCUGCAUUAGAUACACGUAGAGCAGAAAGGCUUGACAUUGCAAUCGUUUAUAUUCAAAGAACAACAAGAAGUUACCUCAUUAGAAAGCGUUUUCUUGCUAUGGCGAAUCUUGCGGUUGCCCUGCAAACUUUAUGCAGAGGAAAGCUUGCUUCUAAGAUGUACGAUGAUAUGAAAAAGAGAAGCGUCUCACUUAAGAUCCAAACUAAUUUUCGGCGAUACACAUUGAGGUCAUCCUACAUCAGACUCCAGCAUGCGGUUGUGCUCAUAUAGGCAGGUUUGUGAUGGGGAAGAAGGUGUCUGUAGGAGCCGCAGUGAUCGGUGGCGCUGCGGUAUGCGCUGCCGCAGCGUUUAUCGUAUGCUGCCGUAUGCAGCAAAACUCGAAUCCUGUUUCGGGUGGGAAUCGUGAUGCUUUGUUGGAUAAACCACUAAAAAGAGAAGUUGAGAAGAUUAAGGUGUGUGAGUGGAACAAAUGAACUCUCUCAUUCCAUAGUCAAGCAAUAUGCAAGCAAGAGAGCUCGGCUUCCCAAAAGGGUGUCAGCAAAGAGGGUGGGCGAGUUCGGUCAGGUAAUGGGUCAAAUAAAGUUUUAACAAUUACAUCUGUGAAUCCAUAUACAAAUGACAAAAUUGAGGGGUCGGGUAUUCGUGAUGAUUACUAUGUUGAAUGAAUAAAAUUCAAAAUUGAUUUGUUGGUUAUAACAGUUCUUGGCUUCAAAUCUGUAAAUUGGGUCAACGACAUUUUCUAACAGAGGAGUUGUGGUGAUUAUAUGUUGGUCAUGUGUUGUAUUUUAUUUAAUAUGUUGGUCAUCACCACCCGUCAAAAUGAAGUUGACGAUGUUCAACUCGAGGACAGUGACGAUGGUGAGAUAAAGGGCAAGCAUUCUUCGUAUCGGUAAGUUUUGCAAUGAUUUAUGAAUUUUGAUUUGUUAUACGCGAAUUGAACUGUUGAAGUUGGAUUGCAUUCUUGAAAGUAAUAGACUAAUUGCAACAACUUUGAUGCUAUAGAAAAUUGAAGAACAUGUUACAUAUUGUUUUUCAUAUUUUUAAUGUAUAUACCUGGGCUAAACCAUGUCUCUUUACUGGCUGUUGAUAUUUGAUAGUUUAGAUGGAUCAUACUGGAUGAAUUUCGGCACUUACGACAACAGUUUGCUUCCUCCGUAUGGGCGUCAUCCUGUAUGGUUGCUGCAUCAUUCAAAGUGUUACUUAACACACAUAUAGUCUUAUAUAUUUCUUGGGAAAUUUUCUUCAUUUUUUAUAAUUGGUUUCUCAUUUAAUUAAGUUGUUGAUGUUAUACGAUACAUCAGUUUAUAAUAAUUAAAACCUGCUCUUUCUACCGAUGUAUUUGCAGGAAUAAACAAGUAUGGAGCAUGACUGUCCUCCUGCUAAAAGGAGACAUAUAUCGCACGAAAAUAAUACGGACCGUUCUGAAUCCAACGAUGACAAGAUUACAGAAAAAGUUCUGAAUACAUAAGUGGUGGUCAAACAGGGUUGUGCGGUUAAUGAGGGGAAAGAAAGUAUAGAGCAUGACUCUCCUCCUGCUAAAAGGAGACAUAUAUCGCUGGAAAAUGAUGACGAAACUUCUGAAUCGAACAAAGACUUAGAUACAGUAGAAGUUUCAAAUACAGAAGUGGCGGUCAAAGAAGAUAACAAGUGCAAGAAAGUUUAACAAAGGAUACUCGAAUUGACGAUAUUGACAUUCAGCAAGAAAAUAACAAGUGCAAGAAUGAGACUGUGAUGGAAGAAUCACAAUUAGAUGCACCGAAAGCAGUAUUAAAGCCCAGAGGUCGCAAUCAUGGAUUAACUGGGCAGAAAAGGCAGGAUAGACCAAAGAAGCUUUUGAGUUAUUUGCAUCAAUGGAUAUCGACGAGAAUAUGCGAGCCGUACUGAUUGACUGGCUCAUUUAAGUAACUUCAGCUGGAAAUCUUGCUGUUGUGCUCCAGGGGUAUCUUCGUCAUUUCAGGUUAGGUAAUGAGUUAUAUGUGUGUGCAGCGAGAUGUUUGGGGUUUCUCAGCCUUUGUUACAUCCACAGUGGUUGCUGCAAGAUUCUCGCCCUGCUCAUUAUUCAUAUAGGCGUUCUGUUUGGUCAUCCGGGGUUGCUGGGUGGAUUUCGGGUUUACUGCUGGGACAUACGGGGCUGUGAGGAGACCUAUAUUGGGCGGCUGGGCUGGGAUUUUAAUUAUUUGUUGAAGGCCCGGGCUUGGUCGAAGUUAUGUUUGUUUUGUGCUAUUGAGAUGGAGCCCACUUUAAGCUUUAUGGCCCAGAUGAAUUACAAAAUUUUGAUGCACGAGGCCCGUUUUGUUGUGCCAUCAGGGGCUGUCUGGCUAUGGCCGGGCUGAUGAUUGUCAAGAUGAACACCCACCGCUGGGUUUGCAAAAUGGUGUUCAAGACUCAGAUGCAUGAUGGUGUUGAGAAGCCGUGCAAUAUGGCAACAAUCAUUAACUCAAGGUGGGUUGGUAGUAAGUGGGCUCGCCAUUUCAAUGCUCAAAAGGGUAACACGUACAAACCUACUCCGGUGAAGAAUUAUGACUCUACAUACAAAAUGUGGUAUAAUUUAUCGGGAUGGGAGUGGCUGAAACUCAAGUGUAAUUGGAGCACCCGUGACACUAAAGUUCUUUAUAGGCUCGGUAUGACGUGUAAUAUUUGGAAGGCGAUUAGUUGUAGUUGUGGGAAAGAUCUCCCGGGUAGGGCUAGAUUUUUUGUGUUUCCUAGAGUUGGUUGUGUGGUUUCGUAUUUUUGGUCCCCAAAGUAUGUUUUGGGGACGCUACGGGGGAAUCCCCUUGAUCAUGUAAUUUUUUCGUUGGGUUUUAUAUAGUUUACCGGGCGAUGCCCUUUAUCCAAAAAAAAAAAAAAAUACGGUUGUUAGCAGUAGAUGGAAGUUGGUUAGGAGCAUGGGGUUAGAAAAGCUGUUGUGAGAUGUCAUUGUUUUUAAGAAAAGGCUUAGGGUAUAAAUUCGUUUUAUGCUAUGUGGUGGUGCUCUUUUAACUGCUGAUA